AUGUUGAUCCUUGAGAUUGGCCAAAAGGAUAGGGCUUUCUCAGAUCACGGACGGACCAACAAACGAUCUCUGACGUUCCGAUCCAUCUACGAGGCCAUGCGUCUCAUAUAUGAUACCCAGAGCCUUAGCGCAUUUCUUUACGCCAUUCUGAUAGCUGCCGUCUAUCAGGUUACCCAUCUUGCAAUCAGAAUUUGCUUGGAAAUUACAAUUUUCGGACACGAAUUGCUGAUCCCAUUUGCAUACGCCUGCUCCUCGGUUCUCUUGUGCAAACUUCAUUUGAUGUGGACUUGUGCUACUAUCUCGUCACAUCGACCUCGACUCUAUUCUUUAGCAGAAGCUGCGCAACAGAGCAAAUGGACACACUUGGCCAUCCCCAGUUUCACAUACGGGAUAUGUCAAGCCUUGAUGAAUGAGUGCCAGAGUCUACUGCAAGCAUCGAUGAUUCCUUCCAACGAAAUGCCAAUCUCCUCGAGCAGGCGCGCCAGCGUCGAGAUCCUUGCAGCAAUCAUCAUGCUUGCAUUCCGGUUCCUGGGACUAAUGCCAACGUCCAUCGCUCUUGUAUUGACCGAAGCAAGCCUUUUACCGGGCAAAUUGGAAACAAUCAUUCCUUCUCCGACAAAGCAACGUGGAUCAACAAUUGCCGAGCUGCUUGGAGGGGAAAAGGUCCCCAUGGGACUUGCUGCAUUUAGCAGCGCACUGAAGGGGUUCGGCGUGGCUCAAUUUUUAUGGCUGAUUGAACUUCAUUUGAAAAAGUGUUUUGUCCAAAUAGUAUUCGAAGUGCUUACUCUGCCAAUUAUUCUCCUUGGCAUUCUUUAA